AGUUGGGGGAGAAGGGGCAGGUAGAGAAAGACACUCUUAGAAAUUUCUGUACAUGAGAAAACUGAGGCCUAAAUGACUUCCUUAAACUCACACGGGUAACGCAUAACAGGACGGUUUUAACUCAGUCAGGGCUCUCUGGCUGCAAGCAGCAGAGACCAGUGUAGCUAAAAUGGACAAGAAAUAGCUCGCUAUAUCAAAGGAAUCGAUCUGAGAGAGGCUCGCCACCGCAGAGGCUCUAGGGGCCCUGGGGGAGCCCUGUCAGAGCACUUCCAUCCUGCCAGGGGCUCCAGCCACGGCCCCGCGCUGAGUCCGAGGCUGGACACGCAGAUGCUCCUGUUUCUGUGGAAGAUACUCUGACCAGCCUGCUUGGGUCACGGGAGGGCUGAGCUCCAUGACUGUACCCAAAACAGGGAAGAAGGGGUAAUUUCACAAAAGGAGAUGGGGAAGUUACAGACAAAGGGGAGAUGGAAGGCAAACAGGCAAAAAUAACAGCCGGUCACCACAAGCCUGGAGCUCAGCUGGCACGACCAGGAAGGGCUGGCACUCUCCUUGGCUCGUGCUCUCCCUCCCCUCCUCCCUCUCUGCUGGACACAUAUGCCGUUAUGUCUCCACUUGUUUCAUUUUUCUUCCUCUGCUUACAGACCUCCUGGCCUUACUCAUUCACUUCAAAAUAGUAGGUGCAGCCUUCAGCUGCUCGCUCCAAGGAGCCCAGUAUCUCAGUUGCAAUUUUCCAGGAGCGAGACCUUGGAUGUUCCAGCUCCCCUGGUCUAAUUAGCUGGCACCUUGUGUGGUAAAAGGAAUCGUGGGGUGGAAAGGAGAUCCACCUGAUAGAUGGGGGUGUCUCUUCCAGGACCCAGGGGCAGACACUGCAGUGCAGCCUCAGGGACUCAGAAUGGGCGUGUGUGUAAAUAUAUAUACGUCACUGCUGCUGUCCUGUGGUCCCAGAUGACUGCCCUUGGCUAUCCUAGGCUUUUCUAGUUUGAUUCCUAUAGAUAACUGGGUCAGUUUCUAGGUUUUUCCAAUUCCCAAUUCUUAGAAAGGCAUUUGUGUUCAUCUUUUUAAACUGGGCACACAAGCCGCAGGGAGCCGGCUAGCCUACAGAGAGGCCAUCCCAUGGUGGGUCCACACCUCCGGCCUAGCUGACCUGAGCAAGCGGGCACCAGUGUGGCCCGGGGAUGGAUGAUUGGCCUCUUUGGGGCCACACCACAAGGGAAUGGAGCCCUUCUGGAGAAUUAGAGCCCCUUCUUAACCCUGUGUUUCCUGUUGCAGGGCAGGUCAAGGUCCUCCUGGAAGAAAUACUGGAGCGGGUGACAGAUGAGUUUAACAUCUCAGAGCUGAUGGCCAAAGUGGAGGAGCGCACCCCGUACAUAGUAGUUGCCUUCCAGGAGUGUGAACGAAUGAACAUCCUCACCAGAGAGAUCCAGCGCUCACUGAGGGAGCUGGACCUCGGCUUAAAGGGGGAGCUGACUAUGACUGGUGACAUGGAGAAUUUACAGAACGCCCUGUACCUGGACACAGUGCCAGAGCCCUGGGCCAGGCGAGCCUACCCUUCCACAGCAGGCCUGGCAGCCUGGUUUUUGGGCCUCCUCAACCGAAUCAAGGAACUGGAGGCUUGGACAGGAGACUUUGUGAUGCCCUCCACUGUGUGGCUGACAGGCUUCUUCAACCCCCAGUCCUUCCUGACCGCCAUCAUGCAGUCCAUGGCCCGCAAGAAUGAGUGGCCACUAGACCAGAUGGCCCUGCAAUGUGAUGUGACAAAGAAGAAUAGAGAGGAAGUCAGGAGCCCUCCUCGGGAAGGGGCUUACAUCCAUGGCCUCUUCAUGGAAGGUGCUCGCUGGGAUACACAGGUAAAUCCUGAGAUGAGCCAAAGGGCAUCCUGUGUGGGAUGAUCCGUAUUGUCUCUAUUAAGUGUGAUUACUCAGAGGGGUACCCCUGAAUCUUUUAACCUAAAUCAACUUUUCUU